AUGAUGUCAGCAGUUGUAGUGGUAGUUAAUACUACCACUACAACUGCUGACAUCCUUAUUAGUGUGAUAGUAAUGUGUGCGGACUUCCGUGGUAUCAUUCAGAAAUACCAAGAUGGUCUGUCACACUCCUCGUUAAGCAGGAUUCAGAGACGUUGUAGUUUUGGGAGGAGGAGGAGGGGGACGUUGCACAGAGCGGCGCAAGAUCUAGUCCUCUGCCUCCGCUCCUCCUCAGUGUCGCGCCAGACUCCUAAACGCGACGUCCCUGUUGACCCCGUUUCCUCUCCCUCGUUCGCCCAAAAGGAGGUGUCUCUCGCGCCCACCACGACGGCUCCAGCGCUUGAAGGGAACGCGACACCCAUGGGGCGCGCUGGCUUCCUCCUGCUGGCGGCGACGACGCUCUCCUGCCUCGGUAAGACCUGCUUCGGCGAGAGGGAAACAGAGGGACGUCUUUAGGACAUCGCCGUAGGA